AUGGCAUCCCCCUACGCACGUGAGCAGCAUGUUGCUGAACUAGCUGUUCUGCGAGCUUCGAUCCUCACGAAACAAGUUCAGUCUAGUGUCAGUGAGAUCUCCAAAGACGACAACUCCCCGGUUACUAUUGCCGACUUCGCAGCCCAGGCAGUUCUUAUCGGGGCUCUCCGCCAUACUUUUCCCAACGACUCCUUCUUGGGCGAAGAGAACUCGAGCCCUUUGAGAGCUGACGAACGACUCUGCAAUAAGGUUUACGAACUCGUAUUAUCCGCAACUGGUUUGCCAGACCCAGACGCCGGAGGGGUUGAAUUGCCAAAACCAGCAUCUGUCGAUGAGAUGCUGAGAUGGAUUGACCUUGGUGGACGUGGAAAUGGAGGUGAUAAGGGGCGUUUCUGGGUUAUGGAUCCCAUUGAUGGAACGGCAACGUUCCUGAGAGGCCAGCAGUACGCUGUUUCGUUAUCCCUGGUUAAUAACGGAAUAGAGGUUGUCGGUGUACUGGGAUGUCCGAACAUCAGCGCUGAAAUGACCCGGGUUUCGGAGAAUAACGUUGAUAUAAAUGGCUUUGGCAUUAUGCUUACAGCUGUCCGAGGCCAAGGCUCGACGUUUCGGACCAUGACACUACGUGGCCUUGAGGAGGCUUUCCCUCUGAACUUCCCCCAGCCAUGCAGGUCCAACAUGCUGCACAUUGUCGACUGCAUCGCUUGCGAGGUCACCCGCCACGAUGUUAUUGCCAAACUGGCCGACCACUUCAAGGCAAAAUUUCCCAACAUUGAGCUAUGGUCCUCACAUAUCCGCUACGCAGCCCUCAUCAUUGGCGCCGGCAAUGCGCAGUUCUGGGUCCCUGCCGGUCCAGCAUCCAAGAUGCACAUCUGGGAUCAUGCAGGCACGCAGCUCAUCUUCACUGAACUUGGCGGGAAGGUGACGGACUUGGAUGGGAAGGCUGUGGAUUUCGGCGCUGGGAGAGACCUGAAUCGUAACAGAGGGUUGGUUGUGGCGCGGGGAGAAAUUCACCAAUCUCUCCUUGCGGCCAUGAGCGAGAUAAUAGGACACUGA